AUGAACUUGUCCUACUUGGUAGCUUGUGGACUUAUGGUCACGCUACUUUCGGGAAGGAUGCGCGCAAAACCUUUAUCUGAGGCGCAGCAGAAGUCCCUGAGAAGUUUGCUAGGGGACGAGUUGACGGACCUACUGGAGUCAGAGGAGCGGGACAAGCGAGUGGAUGCUGUGCGCGCUCGGAUGCGCUUACUGCGAGAUUUACGCAUGGACACCCGAAGAGGGAUGUGGGCUCGGCUGCUCAACGACCAGCCCACACCGAGGAGGCACAAAUCUGGAAGCAAGAAAGGGGGCUCUACGGCGCGGAGUGGCUGUUUCGGACACAAGAUGGAUAGGAUAGGGACCAUCAGUGGCAUGGGAUGCUAG